GCAACUACUGCCUUCACUUGUGUCCUUCACUUAUCUUUCAUAACCACGGCCAGCCAGUGUGAUAUUCGUGGUGUCCCAUUAGGACCGUGUACACCAGUAUGAGCUCUCUUACAUUCUUGGUAACAGAGCUUCAGUCGCUGGCAAGUGAGACCCGGAGGAAGCAUCCGGAAGUUCGCGAGGCAGCGGAGAAAUCAUUGACUAUCUUCAGAGCCUCACCCGAACAAGCAACGCUCAAUCUUGCCAAAGAUGGUCCACAAUCCGAUGAGCUGUUGCGGCCCAUAUUCAUGGGUUGCGCGACGAGGAACGCCAAGGUCGUUGGGAUUGCGUUGGGGUCCUUACAGCGCCUUAUAUCACUCCGGGCGGUACCGACAACCUCCGUCCCGGCCAUCGUCCAGACAAUGGCGGAGUGCAUGAGCCAAGGCGUGGACAUUCAGCUCCGCAUCCUACAAACGCUCCUAUCCCUAAUCACGAACUAUCCGAAUGCCCAUGGGCAAUUGCUUGGUGACGCGCUCCUAUUAUGCUUCAAGCUGCAGGACUCUCGGAUAGCAGUUGUGUCGUCUACGGCCGCUGCUACCCUGCGUCAACUAGUGAUGUUCGUGGUAGACAAGGUCGUAGAUGAGGACAAACAUGAUGUGUCAGACGAGCAGCAACUCUCGUCUAUCACUUUGCCCGACGGUACCGUUACGAAUGUGGGACCAUCGGCUCUGGAUGCGUACGCCAUCUUCGAAGAUCUCUGUUUGUUGGCAAAUUCGGAGAAGCCUCGUUUUCUGAAACUUGAGCACCUCCACAAAACGUUUGCACUCGAGCUAAUAGAAAGCGUGCUUACCAACUAUCAUGAACUCUUCCGCAAGCACAGGGAACUCCUACUUCUUGUACAGCAUCACCUCUGCCCUUUGCUCUUGAAAGCGCUCUCCGAUCGGCCCGUAUUCCCGCUUAGCCUCCGCGCUACACGAGUAGUCUUCCUCUUACUCAAGAAGUUCUCGUCGGAGCUCAAGACGGAGGCUGAGGUGUUCUUUAUGCUACUUAUACGAACCGUUGGUGGCGAUGCGGACAGCGGUUCAGGGCAUGAUGCUCAUGGGUCGCGCCCUUUGUGGAUGCGGGUGCUGGCAAUGGAGAUCAUGCGAGGGCUAUGUGUUGACGCAGAGCUCAUGCGCAACGUUUGGGAACGAUAUGAUGCGCAAAAUACUGGCUCAAAAGUGUUCACGGCUCUGGUCACCUCACUGAAACGCCUUGUAAUGGAAAAACCUGCGCUUCUUGGCGUAUGCUCUCAGAUGUUAGGUCUAGGUGUGCAUUCCGGUAGUGAAGUUGCUCUCGACUCCGUAGGAGGAGUUGCUGGGAUGGUAGCGAACGCUGCUACGGCCACCAUGUCCGGUGUAGUGGGUAUGAUCGCAUCCGGACCUGGGUUGAGCAUACAGGGUUCGUCCAUGAAGCUGCAAUGGCGAGUCGAUCCGCAUCUAUCUACCAUCGACCAGCUUGACAAAGCUGAUUCACCUCCGAUUCCGGAAUCUUACAUCUAUCUCCUCGGAAUCCAAUGUAUCAUUGGACUUUGUGAAGGCUUCGCUACAUUCGCCGCUCCGAUAUACACCACAAUCAUGGUCCAGAAGCCUCGGGCGGCUGGUGAUGCGGUCGUGCGGGCUCCACCCGCACUUGACUUAUCCAAACUUCCCCCAGAAGACCCGAGCACUAAACAAAUGCGAGCAGUGCAUGACAUGGUCGACAAUGGAUGGCCCGCCCUUCUAGCGGCGCUCACAUUUGUAAUAUCCACAAACCUAUCCGACGAACUCUUCGCGGAUGUUCUUGCCAGCUUCCAGGCGUUGACGAACGUUUCGGGUAUGCUUGGUCUGAAGACACCCCGCGACGCAUUCUUCGCGAGCCUUGCAAAGGUCGCGAUACCCUCGAUCGUGGUUUCUAGCGUUGAUUCGUGGAUGGAAAACCAGACGCCUCGUACCGCCUCCAGCUUCUCCGAAGGCCUCGGCCUCAGCGCUCCGGCCCAAUCUCCUGGCCUCUCGGAGAGGAACAUGGCUUGCCUCAAGGUCUUCAUUUCCAGCGCAGUUUUCCUCGCGGGGAGCUUGAACGAGUGUUGGUUCGACGUGCUGGAGACACUUCAGAAUGCAGAGUACGUCAUAACACUCAAAGGGACCAGAACGAUAGCUCCGAAAAGCGGCAGCGUGGCGAGUUCAACGGCCACUCGCACAGGAGAAUCAUCGUCCUCCGCAGGUCACCCUCUCCUCCAGGACCUCAGUUUAGAGAGCUUGCAAACGGCCAUCCAACGAUUAUUCGAUGCAUCGAAGAACAUGGAAGAUCCUGCAUUCCACGAGUUUCUGGAGGCCUUGUGCCGGUUGAGCGCCGAGAUGAUCGAAAUGCAGAGUGAGGCUCCACUGGAGUCGCGCACUAUAGGCGAUAGUGCUAGACCCAUCAGUGUUGCUGCGUCUCCCUCAGUGGAAUCCGGCAGGCGAAGGGUUAGCGGUAUCCAGCUCCCGCGGACACUGCGAUCUGGCGAUUUUGGCAUUAGCAAACUAAGCGGCGUGGCCAGGCUAAACAUCCAUCGCCUCAUCUACCGACCCCCGAAUGUUGCCUGGGAUACUAUAAUCGCCCACUUGUUGGCUGUGAUCCGCAAUCCAACUUCCCCUCCAUCCAUCCGUUCCCAGUCCGCGCGCAUCUUGGAUGACAUUCUUGUUACCGUUCCGCGGAACCUAUCUAGUACGGGUGAUCUAAAGGCUACAGUCCAGGGUCGUGUCUUCGACGCCCUUUCUCGACAAGUCAUCCCGACAGGCCAGUUCGCAUCGGAUAGCUCCUCCACUGGAGUCGAGCUCCGCAAAAUGGGCUUGGAGGCGCUGCAUCAAAUCUUGCAGGCUUCUGGUCAUACCCUUCUUGUUGGAUGGGAGAGCAUCUUUGAGAUGCUUUCGAGCGUAUGCAAACCAGCCGCAGCUCCCAGCGGCGCAGCCAUCGGAUCGACUGAUUCCCCAGUCUCUCCCGCGAAGCCUAGGCCCCCACCACUCGGGUAUGCAAACGAGAAAGCGUACGCUUCACUCGUGAAGAUUGCAUUCCAAUCUCUCACCCUAGUAUGCGAUUCACUCUCUUUGCUUGCCCCAGAACAUCUCCGCCUCUGCAUAUCAACACUGGGCAACUUUGGCCGCCAGGCCGAUACGAACAUUGCUCUCACAGCUGCAGAGAGCCUCCUCUGGGGUGUGUCAGACUCGAUACAAGCAAAAAGGAAAGAUCGCGAGGAUGAGGAGCAAUACAAUGAACUGUGGAUGUUCUUGCUCCUGGAGAUCCUUGGCCUCUGCACGGACGCCCGCCAGGAGGUUCGCAUGGGAGCGAUUCAGACCCUGUUCCGCACCUUGCAACUUUACGGGGCAACCCUGAGCCUGGAGACAUGGGAGGAUUGCGUUUGGAAGAUCACAUUUCCCUUAUUGGAUGCAAUCAGCGAUUCCAUGCGCAACUACACGGGGACUCCAGCUAGUACACCGACUACCGCGGAUUUAUCUCUGAGUGUGUCUGAUCCAACCUGGGGUGACUCCAAGAUUCUCGCGCUUCAAUCUAUCGGCAACAUAUUCUCAGAUUUCCUAUCGACGAAGAUAAUUCACCUCUGUUCAUUCAUCAAGUUGUGGGACGUUUUCGUAGGGCAUGUACAACGCACCGUCUUGUCAGAAAGUCGGAAGAUCAGUCCCCAUGCAUUACGCUGCCUGGAGAAGGUCAUAAAAUCCGCAACUGUGGUGGAGCCUACGCUCGAUGAUGCCAUAUCAGUGGUAUGGACCCGAACAUGGGAGGCCUGCAGUGAAAUAGGCGGGUCGAUAAGUCGGAAGGAUGCAGUAUCUCCUUCUGUCGUGUCCCAUGGAGGGUCACCCCCUGGCGAGCCAUUCACACAAGAGAGUCUAGUCGCGCUUGUAGACGUUUUGUCUGUCACUCGAGCUAUCAGCCGGACCUCUGACAAGUCGGAAUGGCCCUUAGAUCGGUUGAGGGCCUUGAUGGCCAUCCUCAAAGAUGUCCUCACCUAUACACAUUCCCCCGAUUAUCGACCUGAUGUUGAUGUGCUAUCACCUGUGCAGGCGGUGGUUAUGGACAUGAUUACUACCAUCGACCUAUAUGAACCGGGGGUGGUGUCUCUGGUUCUCCGAGACCUGUCCGAAUACGUCAGCUUGCCAUUCUUGGCCGCCUUCGAUGCUCCAGAAACUGGCACACCCUCGGCACGACCCUCGAGUCAGCGCAGACGUAUAACAUACAUCGGACUUUCCAAGAAAUGCAUGCCUAUGCUGGCCGAUCUUUACGCGCAGUUCAAGGAGCAACCUGACAUCUACAACGAUGGCACUGUUGAGGCCAUUUUCUCCGCUUACUCGAUACCAGUCAAGCUGAAGUACGAUUGUCCCCCGUCCUCCAAGCUCAACAAAGAUACGCCUUUGUGGAAGACAGCGACUACGAACUUCCUCCGAGUGGUCAAGGAUUGCGCAGUUCAGAUCAAGGCGCUGGGAGAGCGACUAACCGACGAUGGUGUAGAGAGGGUGUGGCGGCAGAUCAUCGAUGUCUUCAGGGGUGGAAUCCUGGCGGAUUGCUCGCCUGCCGAGUUUAUGACUUUGGAGCAACAGGCGGCCGAGGAGAACUUCGAUCUAGCUCUUGUCGCUGCACUAGAGGUCGAUGUAAUUCCACACCUUGGCGACCCUCGCGUUCCGGAGUCCCUGGUGGUCCACCUAGCCAGGGUCUUGCAGGAAGGCAGUAGAUUGCAAGACUUCAGCAUGGACAAUCCGGAUGGCAGUCCUCAUGAGCAAGAGCAACCUUCAUCACCCGAUGACCAGAAAGUAACUGUGUUCGCCGACCGAGACUACGAAGUAGGGACUACUCACACCGGAAGGACCGUGCCGAGGGAGCGAUUUGCGUAUUGGUGCUUCGACCUACUGUUCCUCAUAUGUUCGGACACAGCCCGAGACCAAGAACCUGCGCGGAGGCGCGUCGCUGCCCUUAGCGUUCUUCCUCUUCUCACUCGGUGCCGCACGACACUAAUCAGCUACAUCGCCGACGAAGCACUGCGUGGCAACCUCCCAUUCCCAAGAGUCCGUGAAGAAGAGCUCCUAUACGUCCUUCGCAAGUUGCUCGAGCUUCGUCUCUGGACAGGGACCCUCUGGGCGGCCCUGUCGGACACGCCAUCUACAUCCUGUCUGGAGCAGCCCUCGAUUGACGCUUUCCUGGCACCUUCGGCACUCGUUGCUGAUGCGGUCAAGCGCUCUGCCCGAGCCCACUUGUUCCAUCUGUACCCUGUCCUUUGCGAGAUUGCGACUGUCCCACGAAAGCCACCGUCGGCGUGGGUAGAUACAAACGGCACUGGCCAAGCACGAGAAUUGGAUGCACGCUCACUUGCGCGCGAUUGUUUGAAGGCUUUGGGGGUCGAGAUGGGAAUCCAAGUUUAGCUUCAUGUACAUUCUUCUUUCGUCUCGCUAUCCGCGCUUCAACUGUAUUUGUCUGUGCUACUAUCGGUCUUUUCUUCGUAGUCAACGAACGAACGAAAUUUACUUGGAGCCCAAAUGCUCUAUCAUACACCUCAGGACGGGAAAUCUUCCAGUUCAUCCGAUUCUCUUAAGGAUUCUCGAAACGCCACGUCUGGUUGGUGCCCUCCCACGUCCACCAGAGCGUCACGGGAGUGCCCGGCGUCGAGUUGCCAUGGUCAGCAAGGUCCCAAUUGUACUUGGUGUUGUGAAGGAAAAUCCGGUGCGUGGACGAAUCCUCCUCGUCAGGCCAAAUGUCCCAGAGGCAGGGGUCCGAAACGGCAACAAGAGGGGUGCCAUUAUCCGGUUCGCCCUCAAAGCCCAGGUAUACCUGGUUGCCGUUGGAGUCGGUAGACUUGAAUAGCCACUCGCCACCGGCCUGCUGUUCUAAUUCCCACUGUUGAUUGGGCCCGCCGUGGUAGUCGUAGCCGAUGAUGGACUUGUUGUCCGCGCCGGAGAGGUCAAUAACCGUGCCGCCCUUGACGUUAACGAGCUUGUAUCUGUUGCCUGAUUGUAUGGAAACAGACAUGAUGGGGUGCACUGGUGCUGGGGAUUCCUCGAGCUGCCUCAGACGGUGGUUUAUAUGUCUAUGUGGUGGCGUAUGACGUGAAUGACCGUGAAGGUUGCUGUAUCGAUGAUCGAUCCCCGGGCAAUGGGUACAUGGGGUACGAUUGCGUACAAACGGGGGUGACUGUCAAGUGGAGAGGCCCAUGCCGCUGGGCCGGUCGUGCCAGGCGCCGUCCAGAGCAAGGUGGACUUGUGAACGUGGGUAUAGAUGUUGCCCGGACGGGUCGCUUCCACUUGCCAAGUCUAUGCACCUUGCG